CUUUCUACCGGUUGCUUCUUUCUUUAAGUACUUAUAUAAACUCUUUGCACGCCAGCUGUGCCGGAAACCACCAUCAAGGACCUCUCCGACUAGCUCGCCACGCUCAAAGCUGAAAAAGAGCAGCUCGCCAAGGAGCACCAACAAGCUCUGGAUGCUCAAAGGAAAGUUUCCGCUGAGCUGAAGGAUAAGCUCAUGGAGUCUGAAGUCCGGCACUCGCAAGAGCUCAAGGAUGCCAAGGCUGCCGCUGAAAUAAAGUUGGACGACACCUUGAAGGAGUUUACCGACUCCAGCGCGGUGCUGCGGGCGGAGCUGGAAGAGGAGAGCAAGGCGCGAAAGGCCGCAGAAGAACGGAUCAACGCCCUCACCACAGACCAGGCUGCAUAUGACCGGUUGGUCAUGCAGGCCGAUGCCCUGGCCUUCACUCUUUCCGGAUUCACAGGUGCAUGCUUCCAAGAAGGUGGCGGAACGCAGGGCUGAGCAAUCCAUGCCCAAUCCGGAUGCGCCCUGGGACGCCUAUGACCACCUUGUGGCAUUGGCUGCCCGGAUCUGCCACAUGAGAGCUGUGGACCGGCACCUGGUCGAGCUGCCGGAGAGGGCCAUAGAGAUUUUCAAGGUCCUGUGGCCAGGGGAAGCCAUACCGGUGAAUCUGACACUUGUCUCGGAUCGCCUGAAGGAUGCUUGCCGGAGGCUCCGGGAAUGGAAAUGCUCAGCGGCCCGUGCCGGAGCGGAUGCGGCACUACGCAUCGCCUGCUCCUGGUAUGAAGAUCUGGAUCUGGAUGCUUUCCAUAGCCUCCGCGGCGAUGCGCCCACGGACACGGAUCCGGUCUUGUCCGCCAAGCGCCAGGACCGCGCCUACCGGAUCGCGGAGUUUGCCCAAACGCGCACCUUCAUCCCUCCUCCUUCCGGCGUCAGAGACGAAAUCUCCGACGACGAAGAAGACGCUGAGGACGAGGAGGAUGAAGAAGCCGCAGAAGGCAGUGCUCCUCCGGAACAAGGCGACGCUCCUCCGGAAGCUUCCAAAGCCGGCACGCAGCCCCCGGUUGCUUGAACCUUCUCAUUAUAUGUAUCACCUGCUGUCUCAAAACACUGAUCGUUAAAUUCUACCCCGGUAUGCCGGGGUCUAUGAUGUAAGAUAAUACUUUGCCGAUUUUUUGGCUGUGCUACAACAUUUCAUGCCGGUAAGCUAUACCGGUAAUUUAUGAAGUUUAAGUUUGUAUGCUA